AAUGGCGACCACGAACAGGCCAUAACUUAACAAAAGUUGCACAACGAAGAUUGUCGGAAAAAGAUCAUAGUAAGAGUGAAAUCGCUUUUGAAUCAUGGCAGCAGCACGGGCAGCUCUUAGUUUUGUGGAAAAAGCAAUCAAGAGCCACAACGUAGUAGUAUUCUCUAAGACAACUUGUCCUUUUUGCAUAAUGGCAAAGCAAACUUUAUCGGAAGCCGGCAUUCAGAAGAUGCAAGUUUACGAAAUUGAAACAAGGGAAGACGGUGCAGAUAUCCAGGAAGCUUUGAAAAGUUUAACAGGAAGAAGCACAGUGCCAAAUGUUUUUAUUAAGGGCACAAGUAUUGGUGGUGGGUCAGAGACUGCAGAAUUAUACCAGUCAGGACGACUCACAGAAAUGUUACAAGAACAAGGAAUAAUUAAGUGA